AUGUCUUUCACAAUCCCAAAGCUGGAAGAUUCUCACAUAAUUCCAUCAAGACGGCAAAUUCAAAUUUCCAAUUCUCAUUUUACUGUUCCUCCUCCUCCUCCGCCACCGGUAUCACCGCCAUCGCCUCCACUACAUGCGAAAUUAGUAGAAAACCCAGUUCUAUGCAUAGAAAGAAAAUCUGUCUGCCAGAAGUGGAAGAAUGCGACGGCUAAAAGGGAGGAUAUUUUGAGGCUGGUGACUAUGGCCUCCGAAGAAGAGGCUGAAAUUGCAAAGAUUAUAGCUGUUGAGGAGUACAAGUCAUCACCUUUGCCACCUCCCUUGCGGCUCGAAAAGCGGUAUCAUUGUGCCGUUUGUCUUUGUCCCACCACUGCGAGGUGCUCUCAGUGCAAGGCUGUGCGAUACUGUUCCAGUACGUGCCAGAUAAUUCACUGGAGAAAAGGUCACAUGGUUGAAUGCAGGCAGGCAACUAAGUUGGACGCUAGCGAGGGAAGUGAUUGGAGUAUGCCAACUGCUUCAAAAAAUCAGUUUAAAAUGCAAGUAAAUGAAGUUAAUGGCUGUUCAGAUUCCCCACAAUCACUUAAUGAUUCUGGAUCCUCAAGGACCUCAUUGCCUUGCAUCUCUUCUUUCACCACUCAUAGUGAAACAUCAUCUGAUGCUUCUAUCUAUGAGGAUCUUGGAUCAGAAACUCCAAUAAGAUCAGAUAAGGUACCUUCUGAAGUUACUAAUACCGAUAUGUGUAGAACUACCUCUGGUUCUGAAAACAUUGAGUUACCAAGAUCAUCUUCACUGGAUGCUAUUGAUAGUUCUGUAAAUAAAAUGCUUGGUUCUAACAAGAUAAACAAGGUGCAAUCUAUUAAUUGUAGUGAAGCCCCAUCUACAUGCUUCAUAGAUGAAAAAACUGGUGAUGGAGCUGCUGUGUUAGAAGAGUUUGUCCCAACUGCAACUAAGCUGAAGAAUUCAUGUUCAUCUAGUAUGAAGAAACCAUUUUCUUCAGCUGAGUACUGGAAAAAUGAGGCACAGCUAUCCAAGAGUGAGGAGAGGAUAUCUGUGUCUUUCAGGGGUUCAGGUGAUCAUCAAAUAUCAACUUCAGAACAACGUUCACUUCCAUUUUCGAUGUCUACGGAAACUGAGAGUUCUAAUGCUUUGCCUUCUGAAGUUGAAAGCAUUCCAAUAAUGUCACAACCUGCUAGCAAGGGUUUGAAGACGUCAGUAUGGAACUUGGCACAGCAGUUUAGAGCACCAAAGCAGUCAAACUCCUAUACGCUGGGUAUUUGGAAGGACUCUAUUGGAAAAUUUAAUCACAAGGCCGUAUUUUCUCCCAGGCUGUUCAUGCAAUUGUACUCUUGUGCCGGUGUGGAACUUCAUCCCUUUGGCCUCGUGAACCUUGGAAACAGCUGUUAUGCAAAUGCAGUGCUGCAGUGCCUGGCUUUUACUCGGCCAAUUAGUUCUUAUCUUCUUCAAGGGUUUCACUCUAAAACAUGUCAGAAGCAGGAUUGGUGUUUUGUCUGUGAGUUUGAAUAUCUGCUUCUGAAGGGCCAAAAAAUGAAAUCUCCUUUAUCUCCGAUUGGGGUACUGUCUCAAUUACAAAAAAUUGGAAGUAAUCUAAGUCAUGGAAGAGAAGAAGAUGCACAUGAAUUUUUAAGGUGCGUGGUAGAAACAAUGCAAUCUAUUUGCCUUGAAGAAGUUGGGACUGCAGACUCGUUGGAUGAAGAAUCAACCCUUGUAGGUCUAACUUUUGGCGGUUAUCUUCGUUCGAAGAUAAAGUGCAUGAAGUGUUCAGGAAGAUCAGAGCAGUGCGACAGGAUGAUGGAUCUUACUGUGGAAAUAGAUGGGGACAUUGAUACUUUAGGAGAGGCUCUUGUGCAGUUCACGACGUCUGAAACCCUUACUGGAGAUAACAAGUACAAGUGCAGCAGAUGUAAAUCAUAUCAGAAAGCUAAGAAGAAAUUGACAGUGCUUGAGGCUCCUAACAUCCUUACAAUUAUCUUGAAGCGAUUUCGGUCUGGCAACUUAGGGAAGCUGGAUAAGCUAGUUCAGUUUCCUGAGGUUCUGAACCUUGCUCCAUUUAUGAGCGGAACAAACGACAAAUGCCCCGUAUAUAGUCUUUAUGGACUGGUUGUACACUUGGAUAUUAUGAAUGCUGCUUACGGUGGUCACUAUAUUAGUUAUGUCAAAGAUUUCCAGGGAGAUUGGUUUAGAGUUGAUGACAGCAGGGUAAUCCCUGUGGACUUGGAGACUGUUUUAUCUGAACAGGCGUAUAUUCUCCUUUAUUCACGGCACAAUCCACAAGUUCCAUCUUUGCCGAGGGAAAGCAGUGUGUAUGAUGGGAAAACUAAGAGGAACUUGGAAAACGUUUCUUCGAGUAGCAGUGGAAAGAGAAGAAAUUCAAAGACUAAACUCCCAACAGUUCAGAGCACCGAUUUUACAAUUCAUUAUGAGCGGUCUCAAAGAUACCCGAUUUGGAUGACUCCCAAUGAUUUCACUGGCAAACACAGAUUCGAUACCAAGGGUUUGAGGGAAAGAAAUCCUUUUGUGGACUCAUCAAGUGAUUGUUCUUCAAUUUUGAGCAUGUCAGAUGCCAGUUCAUAUAGUACAGAUAGCACCAAGGACUCGAGUGCUGAUGACAUUUCGGGCUCUAUGUUUGGACCUAGUUGUACUGGACUCGACUGGACUGAUAUAGUCAUCUCUACCAAACAAGCCAUGGAAAGACUUCCUGUGUACACUAGGACAGCUGAAGAAAGUAGAUAG